AUGAAAUGCGUUUUUAUUCUCCAUCUGAUCCCCACCUUUAUCGUUUAUUCUACACAUGCCACCGAUUAUAUAAUCUCGAAGCAAGAUUUGAAGCAGUUAGAUGAGUGGGAACUCAAAGUUUUGCGAGAUUUUGUAAGAGGAAGAGGUCGUCCGAUUGUAGAAAGAAUUCCAUUGGACUUAGAAGAUGGUCCCGAUUUUGAUAUGCCUGGGACAGGGUCCGGAUUAAUAAAUCUUAAUGAUCCGUCGAUUGUCAGCCAGGGAGGAUUGAUUUCAUCACCAGACAAAAAGAAGGCUGAACCGUUUUUGAUGUCUUUAACACCUCCUCAACCGAUAACCCAGAUUAUUACUCCUGCAUCCAAGAAGAAACCGAAGCCUUCAUCCAAACCACCACAGGUCCAAAUAACAGAUGAUAAACCUUCUGUGGAGGAUUACGAGCAACUUGCGAGUAUGAUUCAAAUGUUCAUCGACCGACGAUCUCAUAAACAAAAUGGUGUGAAAACUCAGAAAUCAUCUAAAACCCAUUCAAAAGCUAGGAAGAAAUCGGGAGAAGUUAUGCAGAAACACCGGGCACCUGUAUCUACCCAAAGUGCACUGCCUGAUCAAAUUAUAACAGCAUCCAAGGAAAAUCAAGAUGUGACGUUUGACACGGACUCUAAUAACUCAAACAAAUGGAAACCGAUGCAGAGAUUCACUAGCGAAGAAAAAACUGCACCCAAGAAAUCAAAAACAAACAUCAAUUUGCCGCCAAAAUCUCGAGAGGUAUAUGAGACACGGAUGAAAGAAUUGAGCACUGAACUUACGAAAAUACUCAAACAACUGGAGACAUCGAAAAGCGAUCAACAACCUCAGAUUUUUGUGUUACGAAACGGUUCGGCAGAACAAACCGUUGAUGGACAGUAUACAUUUAUUGCAACGAUCACAUUGGUCAAAGAUGGAGUUAAAAGUAUUCUUGUGGAUACUGGACUGGGAACUAAUAUCAAUGCGAGAACUGAACUAAUUCAAUCGUUAGAAUCCCAUGGAUUAAGCCCUGCAUCUGUUGAUAUUGUGGUAAGCACACAUGGUCAUCCAGAUCAUGUUGGAGGUGUUCAUGAUUUUCCCGAUGCUGUUCAUUACCAUGGAUGGUACUCUCAUCAGAGAACAAAGUUCAAUUUAACUGCGUUGUUUGAGAAUGAUACAAUGAGUUUAUCUGAAAAUGUGAUGCUAGUCAAGUGUCGUGGACAUACAUCAGAUGAUAUUGGAGUUGUUGUUCGAGAUGUGAAAGGGCGUGGUGACGUACUUGUAUCAGGAGAUUUAUUUAUGCGAGAGGAAGAUAUCGACCACCCAAUGAUGUGGCAACCAUUAUCAGCGGAUGUUAUUGCGCAAAGAGACUCGAGAAGGCGCUACGGCUGCAUAGUGGAUUGGAUUGUUCCGGGCCAUGGCACCAUUUUUCAUGUCACAGAAAAUAUUAAAAAGGCUUUGAAGUGCUGA